GAAGGCAGGAGAAGAAAACCAGUGAUUCCUCAUUCAGUUCUCUGUUGGCACGAAAGCCUGCUCCAGAUGUUUGCGAGGCUUUAAAUGUGACAGUCUCACCAGGACCAACAGUGCGAUAUUCGGAGGGAGAUAAUGCUACCCUUUACUGCCACAUUUCUCAAAAGAGAAAGACAGACAAUUUGCUGGCUGUGCGGUGGGUCUUUGCUGCAUCACCUACCCAGGAGUACCUGAUGAUCAAAAUGACAAAGUUUGGGUCUGUCCAGUAUUAUGGAAAUUAUACUCAUAAUUUUCACAAGCAAAGACUUCAUCUUCUUAAAGAGAAACAUGGAACUAUGUACAAAUUUCUUAUUUUAAGCCUCCAGCAAACAGAUCAAGGGCAUUAUAUAUGCAAAGUCCAGGAAAUUGGCAAGCACAGGAAUAAGUGGACAGCAUGGUCAAAUGGCACAGCAGCUACUGAAAUAAGAGUGAUUUCAUCAAAAUCUUCUGAUGAUCCCACUUUCAAGAAAAAACAUGAAGCUUGGAAGUUUUUUGAAGAUCUGUACGUGUAUGCAGUGUUUGUGUGUUCAAUAGGAAUCAUCAGUGUCCUCCUUUUUACACUUGUCAUUCUCUGUCAGUCACUUCUGAACAAGAGGAGAUCCACAG